AGUUAAGGGGCAGAGAGCCUCCGCUCCCCACUGCUCUAUAAAAGAGACCCAGCAAAGGGACCCUACCAGCUUCUAGCUCUCAGUCUGCGCGAGGGUGUGGGAAGGAAAGCCCAGGACCUCCGGAGCAGAGCACAGCAGCUGCAGAGGCAAGGCCAGCAUGUCGCCCAACUUCAAACUUCAGUGUCACUUCAUUCUCAUCUUCCUGACGGCUCUAAGAGGGGAAAGCCGGUACCUAGAGCUGCGGGAAGCGGCGGACUACGAUCCUUUCCUGCUCUUCAGCGCCAACCUGAAGCGGGAGCUGGCUGGGGAGCAGCCGUACCGCCGCGCUCUGCGGUGCCUGGACAUGCUGAGCCUCCAGGGCCAAUUCACCUUCACCGCCGACCGGCCGCAGCUGCACUGCGCCGCCUUCUUCAUCGGCGAGCCCGAGGAGUUCAUCACCAUCCACUACGACCAGGUCUCCAUCGACUGUCAGGGCGGCGACUUCCUGAAGGUAUUUGAUGGUUGGAUUCUCAAGGGGGAGAAGUUCCCCAGUUCCCAGGAUCAUCCUCUCCCCACAGCUGAGCGGUACAUAGAUUUCUGUGAGACUGGUCUUAGCAGGAGGAGCAUCAGAUCUUCCCAGAAUGUGGCCAUGAUCUUCUUCCGAGUCCGUGAACCAGGAAAUGGAUUCACAUUAACCAUAAAGACAGACCCCAACCUCUUUCCCUGCAAUGUCAUUUCUCAGACUCCAAAUGGAAAGUUCACCCUGAUAGUUCCACACCAGCAUCGAAACUGCAGCUUCUCCAUAAUUUAUCCUGUGGUGAUCAAAAUAUCUGAUCUCACCCUGGGACACGUAAAUGGUCUUCAGUUAAAGAAAUCCUCAGCAGGUUGUGAGGGAAUAGGAGACUUUGUGGAGCUGCUGGGAGGAACUGGAUUGGACCCUUCCAAGAUGAUACCUUUAGCUGAUCUCUGCUACCCCUUUCAUGGCCCGGCCCAAAUGAAAGUUGGCUGUGACAACACUGUGGUGCGCAUGGUCUCCAGUGGAAAACACAUAAAUCGUGUGACUUUUGAGUAUCGUCAGCUGGAACCAUAUGAGCUGGAAAACCCAAAUGGAAACAGUAUUGGGGAAUUCUGUUUGUCUGGUCUUUGAAUAACCAACCCAAUGAUUUACAUGCUGAUAGCUAAGUGAGUUUUUAAUGGCCAUUGUGUAUGAUUUUGAUGCACAACUAGUUAAAAGCCUUUCAUACCAGUCUGUAUUCCCAGCCUUGAGUGUGUGCACAUGCGCACACACACACACAUAUGCAUUAAUUUUUGUACUUUGCUUCUUUUAUGUUUGUAAUCUGUAAAUGAACACAUGGCAGAAAAUAAGCACCUGAUUAGUAGGAUCAUUGUUCUAAAUGGAAAUGUUUGUAAUUCUUUGAUGUGCUACGAACCUGAAACUGGUAAGACAAGCACAAAGCAACGUGCAAUAAAAAUAUUGUGUCUCAAGGGAAAAUACUCAAAGAAAGAAAAGCGGCAGCACUUUUAUUAGUUUUGUAACAGGAAAAAGUCUUGUAUGUAGCAAAGUAGUUGCAUCUGUUUAUUUUCUAUUUAUUAUUCUGUUACAAUAGAUAAUAGUUAUAGCAGUUAUUUAUUGAUUUGUAACAACUUGUUUUUAACAAAACUUUGUAGCAUGGAAAAAAUUUUCCAUCCACAAAUACAAACAUGAAUAAAUGUAUUCAGAAUGUUGGCA